AUGGGUGAUAGGAUGGGUAACGCAAUUUCAAGACCAUCAACUGAUACUCGCAAAAUACUGGUAUUCAGUUGUGAUUGCUCUGAAUGUCACGAGGUGACCCUCCCACUCCACUUCUUUAUGAACGUGUUCUCAAGAUCCCCUACUCCAGUGGUUGUAUCGGUCGCUUUCAAUAAACAUUUUGAUUCUACGAGAGAUGAGGGAGAUGACACCGUCUUUGGCAGCACAAAUGUGGGUGCACUGCGCAGGUGGCUAAAGAUCAUGAGAAGUGUAGGCUAUUUAGUACUGUGCAGGCUGCAACUGUAUGCAUAUCCCAAUUGA